CAAAAAAAGUGACGUUAAGUGACACUAACAACAAUAACAACAAAGUUAUACACAAAAAAAAGUUUUGGGCAUUAAUUUGCACUAACCAUCCAAAGAGAUGCCAACCCAAACACAAGUGGACGCCACCGGGGAUGAGGUGGACAAUGCCGUCACACUUUGUUCAUAUAGACCAGCCUAUGACCGCAAAAUGAGUGUCGCACCCAUACAUCGGACAGCCGUCGAAGUUCGUAGGGCUCUACUAUCCUACGGAAGGGGUUCAAAAGCAAAGGUCAUACUCAACCACAUCAAUCUGAAUGUACCCGAAGCCAACAUAUACGGUUUGUUGGGGCCGAGCGGUUGCGGCAAAACAACAUUAUUGAGAUGUAUAAUCGGUCGGAUAAAGCCAGACCAGGGUUAUGUCCGCAUAUUUGGUUUCCAGCCCAAUGAGCCGGGUAGCCAAAUACCUGGACCGGCAAUAGGCUAUAUGCCACAGGAAAUAGCGGUUUACGAUGACUUUAGUAUUGAAGAAACAUUAGUAUAUUUUGGGCGUCUUUUUAGACUCGAAUCCAGAUUUUUAAAGGAGAGAAUUGAAUUUUUGUUAGCCUUUCUGGACCUACCAAUUAAGACACGUAUGGUUAUGAACUUAAGUGGUGGUCAGAAACGACGGGUAUCGUUAGCGGCUGCCUUAGUCCACUCGCCACCACUUCUUAUACUCGAUGAGCCAACAGUAGGUGUGGAUCCACUACUUAGACAAAGCAUUUGGAAACAUUUGGUAACAUUGACCGAAACCGAGAGAAUAACUGUCAUAAUAACGACCCACUAUAUAGAAGAGGCCCGACAGGCAAAUGUUGUGGGACUCAUGAGACAGGGAAAACUUCUGGCAGAAAACUCACCAAAAGAGCUCAUGUCUCAGUACAGCCUAAAUACUCUCGAAGAUGUCUUUCUUAAGCUUUGUAUGACAGACAUGUCCAUCAAAGCGGCCGCAUUGGCCACUAGUACCGGAUUUACACCUCAAACACUAUCUGUAGCCGAUGCUAACAACAAAACCAAUAAUAAUAGUCAAUCGCUUCAUCCACAUUAUCAUCAAAUGGCUACCAAUGGUGAUCUCAAAAAUGGUGUAAAGUUUCCAUCAGUUUUUUCACUGUACACCGGAAAUAAAGAAACGAGUUAUACAUUACCACCGACGCCGACACCACUUCGGGCCAAUAAUAACAAUUCAACCACACAUUUAGUUCAAGAAGACAAUCGGCUAUUUAUUAAUCCAAUACAAUUGGGAACAAUGUCUAGAGGAGCCAAAUACGAUUCCCGACGACUGGGUUUCAAAGAGUACUGUGCGACAACCUAUGCCGUCACGUGGAAGAACUUUAUCCGCACCCGAAGGAAUAUUCCUUUAUUACUAUUUCAAUUCGCAUUACCGGCCAUUCAGGUGAUCCUAUUCUGUCUGUGCAUUGGUGCCGAUCCAUUCAAUAUUAAUGUUGCGAUCGUUAACGAGGAGUUUCCACCAUUUCUGAGUCGGAUAUUUUUGGACAAAAUAAAUCCWCAUCUUGUUAUUCAAGUCGUAUUAUUAUUGAUAUCUCAUUUGACAUUUCAGCACAAUUUCAGUUCAUUUGAUGAGGCAAUCGCUGCCGUCAAGAGAGGAGAGAUGUGGGGUGUCUUAAAUAUUCCCGAAAAGUUUAGUAUAAGUCUUCAAAGAAGGAUGAUAUUAGGCGAAGAUGUAGAUAAUGUAACCAUUGAAGGCAGUACUAUAAGAGUAUACCCGGACCUCACGAAUCAACAAAUAUCUUAUACAAUGGAGCGGACGUUUCGGGAGGCCUUCCAGGCCUUUGCAAAGGACACACUAAACAUAUUGGGUCGCAAUCCAGCCUUAGCUGAACUACCUAUUGCUUUGGGCACUCCUGUAUACGGUGAUGCUGCUAAACAGGGCUAUCUUGAAUAUAUGGCACCGGGAGUUGUAGUCAGUAUAUGCUAUAUAAUGGCCACYGGAUUAACCGCAUUGGCCUUUAUUAUUGAACGAAGAGAUGGUCUUUUUGAACGUAGUCUCGUUGCUGGUGUGGACACCAUUCAAGUACUUAUAGCUCACUCGUUGGUCCAGAUCUUUGUGAUGGUUAUCCAAAUAAUACUAGUAUUGGUGUUUGUAUUCUUAGUAUUUGAUAUACCAAGUCGUGGACCAUUUGUUUGGGUCGUUAGUCUGCUUCUUCUUCAGGGCGCCACUGGAAUGGCAUUUGGUCUGGUAGUGUCAGCCCUAUGCCAACAGGAAAAUACAGCAGUGAUGAUGAUUUUGGGCACAUUUUAUCCAAAUCUUAUAUUAAGUGGUAUUAUUUGGCCGUUAGAAGCCAUGCCUUAUUGGAUCCGAUGGUUUAGUUAUAUUCAACCGCAAACACUGCCAACUGAAACAUUAAGACAUGUGUUGUCCCGGGGCUGGGAUUUAGAAAAUUCUGGCGUUUGGAUUGGAUUUUCAGUUACAUUCUGUUGGCUAUUCUUUUACUUAAUAACCGCUGCGAUUAUCUUCAAAAUUAAAAAAUAA